AUGGCUACUCACUUCAAACCUCUUCUGCUACAUGCCCACGCCUCGGGCCCCAACCCAAUCAAAAUAGCAAUCGCGUUAGAAGCGCUCAACGUCCCAUUCACAGUAAAAUUCUGGGAGUUCGGCGAUGAUUCCGAAAAAGGCGUAAAAGGUACAGUGUUCCUGCAAAUCAAUGAAAAUGGCCGUGUGCCUGCGCUUGAGGACCCAAAUACAGGUGUCGUGGCGUGGGAGUCUGGCGCAUGCAUGAAUUAUGUUCGUAGAGUAUACGACAUGGGAAACCUGAUUGGGCCAUCUGGCAGCUCGGCACAGGACUUGAUUGAUUUCGAUAAGUGGGAGUAUUUUCUGCUGUCAACGCUCGGCCCGAUGACUGGACAGACCAAUUGGUUUAGGCACUACAACUCGCAGAAAAACGAGGAUGCCUUGGAUAGAUAUACUGCGCAGACUUACCGCUGCUAUGAUGUGCUUGAGGGGCAGUUAGUCAAGUCUGGGGGUGACAGUGUUCUUCCUGGUCGAGUCACUGCUGUUGACUAUCACUUUGAGCCAUGGGUUAGACAGUAUGCAUUUGCUGGACUUUCGUUGAACAAAUAUCCCAUGAUUACAAAGUGGCUUGGCUUGAUGGGCGCUCGUGAGGAAGUUCAAGAAGCAUAUGAGAAGGUUCAGGGCCAUAAAGGGAAGUAA